AGACAGAUAAGAAAGUAAAAUGUAAGAACACUGUUUUUGUUAUUUGCCAGAUUCAGGUUUAAAGAAUCAAUUUGCAUCAGUGUCUUCUUAAGCCUUUAAAUUUGGGAUUGCUGUACUAUCUGGCCAGGUCCCUGGCUGUAGAGAAAACCCUGGGCAUGUGAUUAGAAAACCUGAGUUGUAGUCCUGGCUUUACUGUUUCAGUAGUGUAACAUUGGAUAUCUUGGCUUCCUUUUUUUUUAAUCUGUGAAAUAUGUCAAGUAAUUUUGGAUUAUGUCAUGGACAUUUUGAAUAUUAUGUUACGACACUCUGGGUGCUGUUAAAAUCCUCUGGAGAAUGCUUUUGUUGCUUUGUGUUGAUUUUGGUUUGUUUUGUUUUAGCAGGCAGUCAACCUGGUUAGGUUCAGACUGCCUUAUGUGGGUUGUGGAUCCACUUCCAAUUUAGUUUUCAAAACCUUGGUUGUGCUAUUCGGGUCCCAGGUGUGCCGACCUGGGUAGUAGUCCAGGCCAUAGUGCAAUUCUCAGAGCCUUUGCUGUGCCGCUUGAGGUGAGUUCCACACGUGUGCCCCUCGGUGCUGAGCUCAAGACUGUAUACACAAAUUUAGAGGAUCUUUCUGCAGCUCCCUCUUCUGAUUUCCUCUGCAGUUUAGCUCCCAGGAGCUCCUUUUCCUGGUCCUCUGGCUAGAAAACUAGGGUUUUAGCCUCCCUGUACUGUCGUAUACUUCCCACAAUAGGAUCCAUUUCCUGGACAAAGUGGUGAGAGAAAAAUAAUAACAAGAAUUCUCUGCAUGUUCUUCAGAUCGUAGUCUCUUUCCUAGUUCUCUGUCAGAGAGAAGAACUUGCUCUUAGAGUUUAGGUGCCUCUUUGGUGGCCACCAGCUGCAGGUAUGCAGCAUCAGAACUGGGGCUUGCCUUGAGGCAGGGCUGAGAGGAAUAAAAAAGUAUUCCCCUCCCCACCACCACCACACACACUCUCCGUCCUCUUUCCUGGUUCUCUAGCCAGAAUGAGUUUGUCUUGGAGCUUUUUUUGUCUGUACCUGCUGCACAGUUAUGGGAUUUGGGCUGUCUUCAAGUCUAAGCUGGGAUAUGUGGGAGGAAAAAUAAAAACCAGAAAACUCACUGCUGUUUGGGUUUUGAUUUCUCUCCCCAGUCUGCUUGCUUCUAUUUAUUUUUCAGAGUCCUUGUAUAUUUGCUUUAUGUAUUCUGUCCAGGAUUUUUAGUUGUAAUCAGUGGACAAGAGAGAGUGCAGUUAUGCUGUCUCCAUUUUAGCUAGACCGGGAACCCCCAUCUGUAAAAUAUGAAUAAUGACCUGUAGUGAUGGUUCUCAUUCUUAGCUGCACAGUAGAAACACCAGAGGAGCUUUUGCAAGUACCAGUGCCCAGGCUGUAUCUCCAGAUCAGUUAAAUCAGUCUUUGAGGCGUGGGAUCCAAGCAUCUGUAUUUUAAAAGUUCUCUAGGUCAUUGUUAUCCAGGAUGUGGUCUGAGGACCAGUGAUGCAUGGGCAACACCUAGGAGCUUGUUAGAAUGUAGACGCUCAGGCUCCACCCUAGAUCUACUGAAUCAGAACAAGAUCCUCAGAUGAUUUCUAUGCAUAGCGAAGUUAGGGCAGAACUGCCCUAGGAUGAUUCCAGUGUGCAGCCAGUGUUGAGAACCUCUGCCCUAGGGUUUUGUAAAAUAGUAUGUAUGUAAAAUAACAUUAAAUUGUAAUAUACUCUGUGAGUAUAAACUGUCAUUGGAUGCAAGCUGAGCUAGCGCUAUCCCUGUUUGCUGGGUCCCUGGUGAAAUACAUUACCUUUAAUUAGAACCAAAGGUUGGUUCACCUUUGGCUUCAAAUCAGAAUUGUCUGUAAAGCCAAUUGCAUCCUAGCUUAGCUUUGUGACUUGGAUUCACACCACAUAAAAUCUUCAACAGACGUUCAUUCCCUUGUUCAGAACAUGCAGCCUUCUCAUAACCUGAGCCUCCAAUUUUCUAAAUCCAUUCUUUGUCUACUCCUCCUGAAACCACAGAUCCAUAAGCACCUAGUUUCUCUCUAAUAGCAGGUCUACUGUUGUGUCCAGAAUUUUAGCACUUACUAUCAAGGACAAAACAUCCAAGUGUGUGUUCUUAACAUUCUUUUUGAGUAGGAGUUUGUCACCAGUUAGGGGAAUUCCCUAAGACUAGAGAAAUUCUAGAAUGCUGCCCCCUUUUGCUUCUUCGUAAGCAAAAAAGAAGACUCAGGAUGUGUUCAUAUUAACAUUUUCCUUAGAUACUUGCUUAGAAAAAUCGUAUUCUCCUGCACACUUCUAUUCUGAAAGGAGUAAGGGACUGAUGAGAAAAUGGGCUGAGAUUUGAAAAUUACCAAACUAAUCCUGAUAGAGAACAAAGUACUUUUGCAGCCAUACAUCAUCUGCCACCACUUUGCCUACCUGGGCGGGUGUUAUCAGUUUGGUUCAUGUAAGCUAAUUAGUCAGGUCACUGGUUUAUUCCUAGGACCAAUGUCAGACUAGCCACAAAAGAAGCACCUGGGGUGCUUAUAAAAAAAAACAGCUCCUUAUCCUAUUUGAUUCUGGUGAUGAUGGGCCCAUGUGCUUAUUAAGUACAUAGGUGAUUCUUAUUAAUCAAGAUUGGAAACAGUCCACACAAUUCCUUAUGCAAAUCCUUGGAGGCCAGAUGUUUCUUGAAAUUACAAAUUUUUAGAAUUUUCUAAAGAUAAUACAGUACAUGUAUUAUAUAAUACUCCCAGUGGGGUCUAGGGCAACAUCUGUAACCAAAUAAUAUUUCAGCAGCGUAGCAUAUUAAUAUUUAAGUGGGAUAAAGACUAAAAUAGCCUCACGUCAGUUCAAAUCGCAUUUUGCUGCCAAAUUUAUAGGAAAAUUUCUGGUUUUAAGAGAUUUGAGGGACUUGGGAAUUAUAAAUAAGAGAUUGCGGGCCUGUAAUGAAUGAGAGACCAUGGGUAUUCAAACUCUUCCAAGCAGGAGUGUUUCCUGCCAUCAUCUUAUUUAAAAAUCUUUAUCGUGGACUUUGGAGUCGGGCCAUCUGGGUUUGAUCCUAGUUUUAUCACUUAAUAACUAUAUGACUUUGGCAAGUUAUUUAACAUCUCUGUGCCUCAAUUUGGUCAUCUGUAAAAUGGGGAUUAUAAUAGUACUUCAUAGGGUUGUUUUGAGAAUUAAAUGAUUUAGUACUUGUAAAGUGUUUUAGAGUUGUGUCUGAUACAUAUAGUAAGCAUUUUAUAUGUGUGUUUGAUUAAAAAUUAACAUCUCGUUCCACUUCAGGAGAAAUUUACACACUGUUUUUGGAAGGGACUUUUGUCCUUUUAAACUUUUGGGCAGAACUCCUUAAAAAAAAAAAAACCAGCAAAAUCUAGUCUGUCCCUCAGACAACUCUCGUAUAAUAAAGAAUAACAUGGGCAAAAGACAACCAGGAGAAAAAAGAUUUAGGGGACCCAAAUAAAAUUAGCUUUCAGUGGAUCCAGUUAUUUUUAGUUUGUUUAUUUGGCAGCAUGUAAUUUGAUCAUAUUACAUUAUAUUUUAUGGUAUUUCUCAAUAUUUAAAUUGUUUUCAGACAUUUUGAAGAUGGAUCUGCUGUGGCUCAUAGGUUCUGAUUUGCCCAAAAUCAUACAGGUCAUGGAGAGCUGGGACUAAAACUUGAAAGUUCUGACUCCCUGAAUAUCUUUUCUUUACACAAAUCGAGGAUGGUGUUAGUAAAAUGGCCUUUCGUCAUUUAAUUGAGUUCACGUAUACAGCAAAAUUAAUGAUACAAGGAGAAGAAGAAGCCAAUGAUGUAUGGAAAGCAGCAGAGUUUCUACAAAUGCUAGAAGCUAUCAAAGCCCUUGAAGUCAGGAACAAAGAAAACUCAGCUCCACUAGAGGAAAAUGCCACAGGAAAAAGUGAGGCAAAAAAAAGAAAGAUUGCAGAAACUUCAAAUGUUAUCACUGAGUCGUUGCCAUCUGCAGAAUCAGAACCUGUUGAAAUUGAGGUGGAGAUUGCCGAAGGCACAAUUGAAGUGGAAGAUGAAGGCAUCGAAACAUUAGAGGAAGUGGCUUCUGCCAAGCAGUCCAUAAAGUACAUUCAGAGCACAGGUUCCUCUGAUGAUUCUGCUCUGGCACUGUUGGCGGAUAUUACCAGCAAGUACCGUCAAGGUGAUAGAAAAGGGCAGAUUAAAGAAGAAGAUGGCUGUGCAUCUGACCCCACAAGCAAACAGGUAGAAGGUAUUGAAAUUGUGGAACUUCAGCUGUCACAUGUGAAGGACUUGUUCCAUUGUGAGAAAUGUAACCGUUCAUUUAAAUUGUUUUACCAUUUUAAGGAACACAUGAAAUCACACUCCACUGAGAGUUUCAAGUGUGAAAUAUGCAAUAAAAGGUAUCUUCGGGAGAGCGCAUGGAAACAGCACCUCAAUUGUUACCACCUCGAAGAAGGUGGAGUCAGUAAGAAGCAAAGAACUGGGAAAAAAAUUCACAUAUGUCAGUACUGUGAGAAACAGUUUGACCACUUUGGACAUUUUAAAGAACAUCUUCGAAAACAUACAGGUGAAAAACCUUUUGAAUGUCCAAAUUGUCAUGAACGAUUUGCUAGAAAUAGCACACUCAAAUGUCACCUGACUGCGUGCCAAACUGGAGUGGGGGCAAAAAAGGGAAGAAAGAAGCUUUAUGAAUGUCAGGUCUGUAACAGUGUGUUUAACAGCUGGGACCAGUUCAAAGAUCACUUGGUAAUACACACUGGAGAUAAACCCAACCAUUGUACUUUAUGUGACUUGUGGUUUAUGCAAGGAAAUGAAUUGAGGAGGCAUCUCAGUGAUACUCAUAAUAUUUCAGAGCGUCUAGUAACCGAAGAAGUUCUUUCAGUAGAAACACGUGUGCAAACUGAACCUGUGACAUCAAUGACUAUUAUAGAACAAGUUGGGAAGGUGCAUGUGUUACCAUUGCUUCAGGUUCAGGUGGAUUCAGCACAAGUGACUGUGGAACAGGUCCAUCCAGAUCUGCUUCAAGACAGCCAAGUGCACGAUUCACACAUAAGUGAGCUUCCAGAGCAGGUCCAGGUGAGUUAUCUAGAAGUGGGUCGAAUUCAGACGGAAGAAGGUACUGAAGUACAUGUAGAGGAACUGCACGUUGAACGGGUAAAUCAGAUGCCAAUAGAAGUACAAACUGAGCUUCUAGAAGCAGACUUGGAUCAAGUGACCCCUGAGAUCAUGAACCAGGAAGAGAGAGACCCUAGCCAAGCAGAUGCUGCUGAGGCUGCCAGAGAAGAUCACGAAGAUGCUGAGGGUUUAGAGACCAAACCAACAAUGGAUUCCCAAGCUGAAGGGUCAGGGAAUGAGAACAGAACACCUGUGCCGGUUCUAGAAUGAAAUAACGAAUGAAUAUAUUUUUAAAUUUAUGUGUUGGGUUUUUGAACUGAUGGUGGGCAGUGUGACUGUCCUUAAGCUAACAGACAAGUGGACCAAAGUUAAACUUUUUCCUGUUGUGCUGAACUGUUUCUGUUGAAACAAACCGAUUUCCCCCCACUUAAUGCCACAGAGGAGGGGUCUUUCCCAUAAAUGAAUGGGAAACUUUGAGAAGUAUAUUUCUGGAAACUUAAAUGGAUUAUAUUCUUAUUAUAUAGUUGGGUACGAAUGUAUCUAUUUUCAUUGUGGUAAGGGUUCUCCCUUCUCUCUUUCCUAGGUCACGUCCUUCCUCAGAUUUUUUCCGUAUUGUAAAAUCAAACAAAUUCAUUAGAAUACAAGGUUAUGUAUUCUAAUGCAUGUUAGAAAAUUGAGUAUAUAGGAAACACAAGGCUGCAUGAAGAAAAGUGCAUUGUUACUGUGCAGUUAAAUUUUGGCUUCUGGCUUUCUUUAGUUUGAACAACAUUCUUGUCUAUCCCAGUAGUCAUGGAUGUCAUCUCUGCAACAGAAACAGAAUGGUGGUGGCAAAAUUUCUAGAAUGUAAAAAAAAAAAUCCACACCCAUGUGCCUUUUCAAAACCAACUAAACUUCUGUAAAGCAUCUCUGGUUCUUUCAAAGUUUGUGUUGUAAGGAGUGAUGUAGGUGAUGCUAUAGUACUUUAUAUUUUUGCUUAUAAUGACAACCAAUUCUUUUCCACUUAAGUUGAGAGAUUUCAUUUAAUGGCAGCUGAAGGGCCAUUUUCAAUUGGGAAAAUUCAUUUAUAUCUGUGGUAAACUUUAUUUUGAUGAGAAGUUGCACUAGUAUUUUACCAUCAGAUGAAAAAAAGAUGAGCAUCAUUUAAAAAUUAAUGUAUUUAAAAUAAAGUACAGAGAAAAACUUGUAUAUAAUAUAUCAGGCUUUGUUUUGAAUGAAUCUUUUUCCCUGAUCCUUAAUGUAAAGAUCUUGUGCUAUAACUUUUAAAGCCAUACAAAUAAGAGUGCUAAACUGUGGACUUAAAAGUAGGUGUGUAAAUAUUUUUAAUCAGUAUUACUUGGAAAAUAAAAUAUAACAACCACAUAAAAUAAACCAAUAUGCUAUUUUCUUUACCUGUUAAAUAUUGGGAAAUAUUUACAUUUUUAAAGUAAACUUUAAAAUUAUG